UUCAGUGUCACACUCAAUGCUACCGACGGUUAGGUUUUAAAACUGUUGUAAGCCUUUUAACUUUGGAAACCAUCUUUAUAACAAACACUUAGCUAAUUUUCAAGCUUCGUGCGUGACUACUUUUGUAUGAGGACGAGAUGCAAUGUCAAAAUCCCAGCGAAAAUGGUCCCCCUCUUCUUCUUCCCUCUCUGCGUCUCUUCAUUCCACCACUGCAGCUUGUCUCUGCAGCCAUGUGGCAAGUGGUUCAGCUGAGGAGACGUUCAAGAUUAUGGGAUGCUGGAGGAGUUUGUCACCACGGUGACAGAGAUUGUGCCAGAGCUUUUGAGUUGCAGUCAGAGGGCCCAACUCAUUCUGGGGCUUCGAGCAAGGAUGGUUCUGGAGUUGUGUCGCACUGAGCAGACAGCAGACCAAGACAUUCAGCAACACCUGGACAGGAUCCGAAGCCUCAUAUCCACUGGGGAAGCAGAGUCAAGUGAUGCAGAGGUGGAAUUAUCUGAAUCAAACUUUGUAGAGCUGGUUGAAUCUCUGCUGAAAGACCCAAGUGAAAGGGAGAACUUUUACCAGGACGUGUUCCCUGUGGAAUUUGGGCCCAAGUAUGACACUGCAAUACAGAUGCUGAUGUUAGAAUUCCUUUCCAGACUGGAGAAGUUACUUCCCCUACCAGACCUUGAACAGACUGCCUCCUUGUUAAGUGCUGUCCCCUCUGCCCUGGAGAAAUGUGUACAGUUUGUACCUGACCCCAUACAAUUGAGGACCCUGCUCCAGUACCACAGAAAACGUGGACAUUUGGACUCCAUCGAAACUCCAUCGUCCUUUGGUGACUACAUCCUCUCCUCUCUGUCUCUCCCUCCACAUGUACGUGUGGUGACUGCCACAGAAGUAGAUUCCCAAUCAGAAUGUUUGGCUAGAGUGGAAGGAAAAGGGUUGGUGGAGGGUACAAUAGAGAAAAAUGGAGGACUACUUGCACCAGAUGAAGAUCAAAGAGACGCAUUUACUGAGAAGGAGCCUGCUAUGAAUAGGAAGCCUGUAAGUGUGGAAACGGACAAUCAAACUGUCACCGGAAUUCAUAUUCAAACCUCAAAACAAAGCAAAAGGCUGCAGAUUAAGAAAAUACGGUCAAAAGUACAAAAGCCAUGUAAAACGGAUUCUUCCGAGCGUGCAAUCCAACAGCCAUCCUCCUCCAAGGUGCACACCUCCCUGAGGAAGUCAUGCAAAAGAGGCCCAUUCAGGAAGACAUGCCCUGACUGUGGGAGGACUUUUGCUCGAGCCACGUCCUUUAGAAGGCACCAGCGAAGCCACACUCAAGAUCAUGAUCAUAGGUUUAAGUGCCUCAAAUGUGCAAUAGGCUUCAAGGAUCUUUAUGAUCUGAAGAGACACCAGCAAGGAGUUUGUGAAAAGAACCUCUCAACUUUGGUUGAUUGGGAAAAUAAAGAAGAGAUCCCACAACCCUCAACUAGCAAAUCUCCGAACACAUCACCCCUUAAGGUGCUCUCUCCAUCAGGGCUAACACAGAAAAGACCUCUGGACACCAAAACAUGCUCUUUGUGUAGGAGGUUUUUCACUCGUACUUCAGACAUGGCAAGGCACAUGAGAUCCCACUCAAAAGAGCAUCCAUUUUGGUGUGUAAAUUGUGAUAAGAGAUUCAAGUAUUCAUAUGAUUUGAAGAGGCACCAGAGAGAUUUGUGUAAGAAAGUGAACCAGGAAGAUUUAGGUCAGGUUGGUCAAAACUUGUCACAACAGAAGGGGAAACCGCAGCCAGAGAAAGAUGAAUCCCAAUCAAUGGGUAGCACUGGGUCUCUUGGCACUGAUGAAAACCCACAACCAUCUCACAAAGGGCUGUCCGACUCAAAAACCUGUUGUGUCUGUGGUAGGAUUUUGACUCGUACCUCAGACAUGGAAAGGCACUUGAAAUCUCACUCAAAGGAGCGUCCCUUUCAUUGUGCUAUUUGUGAGAGAAGUUUUAAGUACAAAGAUACCUUGAAAAAACAUCAGGAAAUCCUUGGCCACGAGGGCAUCCUAGAAGACUUGGGUCAGAGUGUGGACCAGCAAGAAGUGGAAGUUAACACAGAGAGUUGGAGCAGCCCUCUCACUACCAAGGAAAACGACACUGAGCCCCUUAUCACGGCUGCUACUUCAGUGCCGACUCUCAAAGAACCCAAACCAUGCACUGUGUGUGGGAAGAUUUUUAACCGUGCUUCAGGAAUGGCUAUUCAUAUGAGAUCCCAUUCAGAGGAGCGUCCUUAUCAAUGUGUCAAUUGUGAGCAGCGCUUCAAGUACAUGCAUGGUUUAAAGAAACACCAGAGGGAUAUCUGUCUGAAGGUGAACCAAGAAGAAGCAUCUAAGUUGGUGGACCAGCAACUAGAGGAUGCUACUCCAGAGGAGGCUGGUGAACUGCUAGCCACUGAUGACACAAGGGCAGAAUGCAAGGAGGAAGAAAGAAAGGUGGUAUUCAAAUGUGAUGAAUGCGACAAGGAAUUCAAAGGCUCAUCCUCCCUAAGAACACACAAACGAAUUCACAAUCCAUUCUAUUGCUCUGAUUGUGGAAGGAUAUACCCAAACUCCAUUGCCUUUGACAGACACAAGCUGAUGCACAAGGAAAUCCAGUGUACCAUGUGUGAGAAGACCUUUACCCUGUUGGGGCGUCUGAGAGAACACUAUCUGCAUCAACAUAAAUUCACAGGCCCAUACCCCUGCUCUCAAUGUGAGAAAACCUUCACUCAGUUAUCGUACCUUGUCAUCCAUGAGAGGGUUCACUCGGGAGAGUACCUGUACCAGUGCUCUGUUUGUCCAGAAAAAUUCAGAACAGCAAAUUCUCUAACAAUACACAGUAGGAAGCACACAGGAGAAAAGCCGUUCCUGUGCUGGCAGUGUGGAAAGAGCUACAGGGCCGCUUCUGAACUGUCGGUGCAUAUGGGAACUCACUCAGAGGAGAAACCCUUUUCUUGUUCGCAGUGUGACAUGACUUAUCGGACAAAGAUUCAGCUGAAUACACAUAUUGAGCAAGUUCACGAGGGGGUGAGAUUUACCUGUACAGUCUGUGGAAAGCAGUUUUACAAAGCAGUGUCAUUGAAAAGACAUGAACUUACUCACACAGGAGAAAGACCAUUUCCAUGCUCCUAUUGCGAAAAAACCUUCAUCACAGCAAAUGAAAGGAGGUUGCAUGAAAGAUACCAUACUGGUGAGCGACCAUACAAAUGCCAAGACUGUGGAAAGUCCUUCAUCCAGUCAGGUUACCUGAAAUCACACCAACGACUUCACACAGGAGAGAAGCCAUUUUCAUGCAGCGUUUGUGACAAACGUUUCAGAUUUUCUCAUCAUAUGAAAAGGCACCAGAAAACCCAUACAGAGAAGCAUGUAUGUGGGGAAUGUGGGGAAUCUUUCACCCAAAUUCCAUGCCUCAAGGCUCACCAACUCACUCACUCCCUCAAUGAAAAUUGAGUUAUUGUUGUACAUUUGCAUAUCAGUUGUUGAAUGUUUUUUUUUCUUUUUCUUUUGGAUAGAUUUAUUAACUAGGUCCGUCAGAUAGUUAAGUGGAUAUUUUGAAUAGAUCAUCUAAAAUGUUGUGUAGUCGGUUGCAAGUAUUGAUUGUAAGUCAUUUGUAAAGAGAAUCUAAAUGACCAAUGGGCAACUGAAUUUACUUGAUGGACAAAUCCACCCAAAAACAUAUAUUUUGGUAUUUGUUUCAUUAGUCCAUUGUUGACGUACAGUGCAUUUGAAAAGUAUUUAGACCCCUUGACAUUUUGUUACAUUACAGCUUUAUUCAAAAAAAUUGUUUUUCCCCCUCAAUCUAAACACAAUACCCCAUAAUGACAAUGCAAAAAACUGAUUUUUAGAAAUGUUUGCAAAUAUAUAUAUUUUUUUAACAAAAAAAUGAUACAAUAUUUACAUAAUUAUUCAGACCCUGUACUCAGUACUUUGUUGAAGCACCUUUAGCGGUGAUUACAGCCUCCAGUCUUCUUGGGUAUGAUGCUACAAGCUUGACACGCCUGUAUUUGGGGAGUUUCUCCCGUUCUUCUCUGCAGAUCCUCUCAAGCUCUGUCAGGUUGGAUGGGGAGCGUCGCUGCACAGCUAUUUUCAGGAUACUCCAAAAAUGAUGUAUCUGGUUCAAGUCUGGGUUCUGGCUGGACCACUCAAGGACUUUCAGAAACUUAUCCUGAAGCCACUCCUGCAUUGUCUUGGCUGUGUGCUUAGGGUCGUUGUCCUGUUGGAAGGUGAACCUUUUCCCAGUCUGAGGUCCUGAGCAGGUUUUCAUCAAGGAUCUCUCUGUACUUUGCUCUAAACAUAUUUUCCUUGAUCCUGACUAGUCUCCCAGUCCCUGCUGCUGAAAAACAUCCCAACAGCAUGAUGCUGCCACCAUGCUUCACUGUAGGGAUGGUGCUAGGUUUUUUCCAGGCGUGACGCUUGGGAUUCAGGCCAAAGAGUUCAAUCUUGGUUUCAUCAGACCAGAAAAUCUUGUUUCUCAUGGUUUGAGAGUCCUUUAGAUCGCCUGCGUCCAGCACGGACCUGCUCAAUGGCGAGCUGGGAUCUGGAUGUGGUCUUGGCACACAUCCAAUUCUGCCUUUCAAACCGUUGGAGUCUGCCUACCUGAAACACCUCUCUAUGAAGGUGGCUUCUUGGUAGCGAUUACUUCCAUAAAGAGGGUGGGUGAGCUCCAUGCUCUUUCAGUAAGUUCUGAGUGCUACCGGAUGGACCCAGGGGGGAGGAGUACAUCUCUCCUCCCCAACCCUUUAUUCCUCCCGAAGGUUCUGUCAGACAGGCAUGUGAACAUAACUUUUAUCCUGUCUGCUUACGACCCCCCGGCAGUGGCGGGGGAUUCUGGGACUCCCUCCGGCAUGUUGUGCCCUGAGGGGGCACUGGCUGCCUAUGUGGAGCGGACACGGUCAGUUAGAACAACAGACCAGCUCUUUGUCUGCUUUGUCCUCGUGCACUUUUUGCUAGGUACUAUCAGGUAAACGUGGCACCUCCCUCUGCGGUUGGUUCAGCGGUCCUGGCCUCCCCUUCCACAUUGACGGCCCCUGCGUCUCGGUCCCGCACUGGGAUUUCGCCGUAGGCUGGUCAGGUAUACCAAUAUAUUGGAGUGAUCCAAUAUAGUAAAAUAUAACGAAAGUUAUGUAUGUAACCACGGUUAUGUGAGCUAUUUGGAUCACUCCAAUCCUCUACGGUGCUAGAGUCACCUCAAAAAUGAUGUAGAGAAUGCAUGUCGCAGCCAUGGGUUCUAAUAUAUAUUUAUAUAUAUAUAUAUAUAUAUAUAUAUAUAUAAGAGCGGACCCCAGCCGUGACACAGGUGUACACGGGAGUAAAUCUGUUAAUCCUCUCCUCGGAUGUAUCCCUCCGCCGCGGAGUGAUGCCAAUAUAUUGGAGUGAUCCAAAUAGCUCACAUAACCGAGGUUACAUACGUAACCUUCGGUAUUGUGUAGGUUGUAACAUAAAAUGUGGAAAAAGUCAAGGGCUCUGAAUACUUUCCGAAUGCACUUUAAAAGUUACAUAUCUUAAAAUCUUGAUUCCUGACAAGCGAAACAUCAUCAAUGGACUAAUUUACAUUUUUUUUUUUCCUUUAAGCUACUUAUCAUAGUGGGUAUAUUCAGUCCAAUACUUCAAGUAUUGUUUUUUCUGUGAUAGCUGAACUUUUCAUUAAGAAUGCACUCUUUAUUUUUAUGGUUACAUUUCUUUUAUUAACCUUUAUUUUAAUAUUGUAUGAAACGUGCUGUAUAUGAUUUUGUCAUUUGAAUUAAAUUCACUUUUUUGGCAA